AUGCUUAACGCAAACUGGACAAUGUUCAAGGAAGACUUUAAAAAGGAGAUGAAAGACGAGUUUGCACAGUUUAAGAUACAGAUUGACCAGCAGUUAGCCACCGCUUCGCUAAAGCUACAAGAUCAUGGGCAGAAGCUGGAGGAGAUGGCUGCACGCAUUGACGAGCAGGAAACUUGGGCCGCGGUGGCUAACGAGGCGCUGAGCCGGUCUCUAAAAGAGCAAAGUGCGACUUCAAAUCGAGAGGUCGAGAAGGAACAAUGA